ACCAAUCUGUGACAGCAAAGUGAAAAGCUCCCCUUUUCUCUCAACCCAGAGAGAGAGAGAGUGGGAGAGACAACACGCUGCUUAAAACAGCCUCCCAGUCUAUCUUCCGGAUUAGAGAAUCCGGGUUAAUUGCAUUGUGGCUGAACCGAAAACAAAACCCGCGGGCGAUAAUUAUUUGUUUUCUUAAAAACUAACAGUAUCUUAACUGGGACAGAUCCAAGUGGCUUUUUCGAUCAGAUCUCACUCCGGAGCUGGACUUUAGUUUUUGAUGUGAAGAUUUGAUCAGUGGGAGGAGUAGGGUUUGGAGAGGGAUAAAAUAAAAGGGAACGAACAGCUCUCCCCCAAUCCCCCCAAAAAAAACAUCACUUGUCUUCCAGAUGCAUUCGCUGUUGGAUCGGAAAAAGAAGGAAGCGGGUGCUGAGCUGGGCUUGGUGGAUAUGCCAGGGGACAGUCUGCUCGGGCAGCCCCAGAGGAUGUGGACAUGUGUGGGCUGCCUCUGGGUACUGCUCUCCUCCUGCCUGGUUGCAGUCUGCAGUUUCAGCUUCAUCUCGCCCGCCUGGAUCGUCAGGGAGAAGAGCAAAGAGUCGGUGAGCUUCGGACUGCUCUGGUACUGCUCCGAGAGUGUCUACAACUGCUACACCUUCGGGGGUCUGAGCAGCUUCGCUGACAUCCCUUCAGGCACUUGGCAGACGAGUGCUGUUCUGUGUUCCGGAGGCUGCGUGCUGCUGGCUACCAGUGCCCUGUUGGCUAUUGUUACUGUCUUCCUGCCAAGUGGACUGUGUGAGAAGAGAAUCUGCACACUGGCUGGCUACAUGCAAACAACGUCAGUGUUUAUUAUGGCAUCUGGACUCCUGAUCUAUCCUUUCGGAUUGAACUCACCCCUUGUGCAGAAAUACUGCGGAAAUUCCAGCAUUUAUCAUGCAGCGGAUUGUCAGAUUGGAUGGGGUUAUAUGCUUGCCAUCGUCGGGGUCAUGCUUGCAGUCUUCUUACCUUUCUUCUCCAAAUACGCACCGAAAGAAUCCAGCUCACCGACUCCAAUACCUACAAUCUUAUAGUACACGUUACUGAAAAAGGACAAGUACAGCACUGCUAAACAAAAACCCUGCUUUUCGACUUUCAGUAAUGAACAGAAGAUAUGAGAGCACUUCUUUAAGCUAUAAAAAAGCAAAAUAAGGUCAAUUUGAUUUAAGUGACCCAAAGUGCAUUACACAAAAAGUCUUCCUGAUUUCCUCAAAAUACACAACCAGCUGCCAACACUGCAAUUUGUGCAAAAUGUUCUAAGGAAAUCAGUUCCGAAAUACGUGCUGUGAGCAGUAUUACUGUUACAUGGAUUAUAAAUUUAACCGGAAACAAGUAUCUAUUAAUUCAGGCAAUUUGUACCAUCAGCUGGGUUGGCUGUAGUUUUGAGGAAACUACAAGGUUGAGUAACAGAUAUGCGAGGGUUCAAUUUACUAAAGAAUUUUGAUUACGAUGAACAAAGUAACAGAAAUAAGCUCUGUGAAGAUAUCACAGUUACAGAAUGGCAGCAUAAUGUUUACUAGCUCAUAAGAAGGAUGCUGAGGUUUAUCAUUGUUCAAUGCAACCCUCAAACAAUGAACUGUGAACAGAUUAGAAAAUGAAGAGUAAUUCUGUGGUUACAAGGUUGCUUAUUUCAAAAUAUUCUUCUGUUCCAUGUCUGCGAGCAUCAGAAUAAAAUUUUAACUAGUGUACAAGACUGCCAGGUAACAUAGAAAUGUACACUUUUUGAAACUGAAAUGAUAAGUUUAAUCAGCAGACAUCCAGAACAUGCUGGAGAUUGCAGAUAACUCCAGUUUUAAAAGCAAAGCAUAGCUUGUCAAUUAACUGGAGAUCUUAUUGUACUUUAUAACAUAAGAUCAAAAUCUCAGUAAUAGACCUCACAGUGAGACUUUUAUCAAAUGUUAGCAGAUGGACAUAAAAUAGAACAAACUGUGGACCAAGGAUUGCAUGUACAAUUAUUUCUAACCAAGGUUGUAAGAUCAAUGCAAUGCCUAAGUUCUCAAAGGGCUGCACACUCUUAAAAUCUUUGAAAGCACUUCAUGCAGUCUGUCCACUAAUGUCUCAUGAUCAGUGUAGUUAACCUUUAAAUAGAGAAUCUCAAUUUUGAUCCUCCAACUUUCAUGUCAGUACAAAACACAUCAGAACAUGUGCUACAAUCACAAAGGAACAAAUUCAGGAUAAACAUCUAGAAAAAUUAUCCAUAUGGCUUUACACUUCUGUAGUUGUUACUUAAUACAAUGGUUCCACCUUAACAAUUCCUUCUUAUUAACUUAUCAUUACAUACAUGCCACCUAUUGAGAAUGUGUCCUUUCUACACAACACCAAAUGGCAUUAAAUUCAACUUGUUGGGAUCUAGGAACUACAGCCAAAUGGAAUUAAUCAGUGAACAGUAAUUUCUUCCCCCCCGACAGAUGCCUCAGUCUACUACUAAUAUAUACCACUAAGAUAAUGAUAUAAAAUCUUUUUUUUUAAAUUAAGUUGAUUUUACACAUAGUUUUUUAACAAGAUAUAUCCUCCUGCAAGCUUUAGAUUUACCAAAUUUCUUGGUGUCUCACUGACAUACAAUUACUUGUACAGAAGUUAUUUGCUUUAUUAAUUUUCAUUUAGAACCGUUAUAUAUUACUUAGAUGGGGAUAAUUUGGGGAACAAAUUUGUAACACACUAUAAUCUACUUGCUGUACAAUAUUCAAUAGUGUGGUAAUUCUAUUCACUACAAAAUACCUUUGUUCUAUUCUUAAGGCAAGCAGUCUGAAUGUUAAUGUCACAGACCAUUGGCCUAACCCUGAAACAAAUAAAGCACUAAAUUGCCCAUUACAUCCGUAUUGAUCAAAUACUGAUUAAAUUGUCAUCUUAAAUUUGGAACUUACAUCCUCUAUCUCAUAGUUUCUUUAUUGUAUCUCUAAACUGAUCUAUAAAAGCCUUCAAGGACACCUACAUGCAGCAUCUGAUUGAAAGGAUCCUUAUCAAUGUCAUUAACAUAAAAAUCUUAUUUUAGCAUUCUAGUAAAUGUCAUUGUAGCAAUUUAUACCUUACCCCUACUUCCAAUUGCUAAUUGAUUAAAUUGGACUUUUCACACCUGAAAAUUCUUUAGCCAGGCUGGAAUGAGAUUAAUUUGGGGCCCUCUUGUGGUGCUGUGAUAGUGUCUCUACCCAGUUCCAGGGAGGCGUGUGUUCAAAUCCCACCUAUUCCAAAGGUGUAUAAUAACAUCCCUGAACAGGUCCAUUUGAAAAACAACAAAUUACAUUAACAUCUUAUUUGGAAUUCACUUUGCAGGUAUUUAUAUGCUCCUUUCACCAGAACGGUUUCAGUUAUUUGCAAAUAAAAUAUCUAGAGGAAUGCAAUUUUGAUUAACCCUAUAUUGAAGCAAGUAUAGUCCUUUACAUUUUAUGAUCUGAGUUGAGAUUUAAAUUAGAACAGAUUAAAAGAUUAAUUGGAAGUUUUUUGCCUGAUGGGAAAAUGUAUUAAAAUAUGAUUAUUAGGUAGAAUUGCAAGCAUAGGUAACACCAUUAAAAGCUGAGGAUAUCAAAUUUGAUUUCAGAGCUACAUCAGUCUAAAACAUUGUUAUGACCAGAUGAGGAAGGCUGAUCAGCUCCCCCUUUUUCAAACUCCUCUCAUUCGGUGCAACAAAUAUUUUUAUUUCAUUCAAACACACACACUUCAACUAAAUAGUCAUACUCAUCAAAAUUAAAAGGUUUUUUUGAAUGAAAGAGGAAUUUUACAAUCUAUUAAUGCAACAGAACAAUAAUUUGAAAACGCAAUAUGCAUGCAGACACGGGUGAUAAGUUUAAAAAUCAAAGUGUUUAGUAUAGGCAGGAAGAAUAAGGGCUAGCAAUUUAAAGGUUUUUAGAGUCCUUGUGUUAGAAUUUAACCUAAGGCAAUAGUUGUUUAAUUGUUGACUUGUACCUUCCGCAAUGGGAAAAUAUAUAAACACUUUUUUGAGUUCUUGCAAAUGGUUGGUUCUUCAAUUUGCUUUUUUGGGAAGUAUCAUAGAAUAUAGAACAUAGAACUUUACAGUGCAGUACAGGCCCUUUGGCCUAUGAUGUUGCGCCAACCUGUGAAA